AUGAACGGUCAGGGCCCAGGUCUGAUGGAACCUGUGGUUAACGGUCAGAGCACAGGUCUCACAGAACCUGUGAUGAAUGGUCAGAGCCCAGGUCGGACGGAACCUGUGAUGAACGGUCAGGGCCCAGGUCUGAUGGAACCUGUGAUGAAUGGUCAGAGCCCAGGUCGGACGGAACCUGCGAUGAAUGGUCAGAGCCCAGGUCUGACGGAACCUGUGGUUAAUAGUCAGGGCCCAGGUCUGACGGAACCUGUGGUUAAUAGUCAGGGCCCAGGUCUGACGGAACCUGUGAUGAACGGUCAGGGCCCAGGUCUGACGGAACCUGUGCAGAUGAUCUACAGUAUCUCAUCGUUAUUAGCUACUGGUGUCUAUAACUCUGCCUUUCCUCCACACGAUGGGUCAUUCACCAGGAAAGGAGGGCGGGAUCAGAGGAACGACAGACAGCUCCUAUAUGAGGAGUGGGCCAACUAUGGAGUGAUGUUCAAAUACCAGCCAUUGGACCUAAUCAGGAAGUAUUUUGGGGAGGCGAUUGGUCUGUACUUUGCCUGGAUGGGAGUUUACACCCGGAUGUUGGUCCCGCCCUCUCUACUGGGCCUUAUAGUGUUCCUCUAUGGUGUCCUCACUGUCAACACUAAUGUGCCCAGUCAGGAGAUGUGUGAUGACAGUCUGAACUUCACGAUGUGUCCACUGUGUGAUGCGGUGUGUGACUACUGGAAGCUGAGUUCAGUCUGUUCGUUGACUCGAGCCUCUUACCUGUUUGACAACGGAGCUACAACCCUCUUCGCCAUCUUCAUGUCCCUCUGGGCUGCUUUUUUUCUGGAGCACUGGAAGAGGAGGCAGAUGUGUCUGAAACAUGCCUGGGAUCUGACCAGUCUAGAGGACGAGGAGGAAACCCCCAGGCCAGAGUAUGAUCAAAUCCUACAAGAGAAGAGACGGAAUAAGAGCGGGACAAAAAGGAGGAGUGAGCUGGGUGGAGUGGGGUAUGGCGAAGCAGAGGAGGGAGAGAAGGACAAGAUGCUCUCACAGAGGGAGCAAGAGUCAUUGACUUUGGAGGAUCGGUUGCCAGGAUACAUGAUCAACGUGUCCGUCGUUCUAAUGAUGAUGGGGGUAACGUUUUCCGCAGUGUUUGGAGUGAUCCUGUAUCGUAUCACCAUGCUGUCUAUCUGGUCCAUGAACCCAGACCCUGAGGCCAAGGCCUCUGUUAGGAUGACCGUCACCACCACCGCCAUCAUCAUCAACCUGCUUGUUGUAUUGAUACUGGAUGAGAUCUACGGAGCUAUCGCUGUCUGGCUGACUAAACUGGAGGUUCCUAAGACAGAAGCGGAGUUUGAGGAGCGUCUGAUUCUGAAAUCGUUUCUGUUGAAGUCCAUGAACACCUUUGCUCCUGUCUUCUAUGUGGCUUUCUUCAAGGGCAGGUUUGCUGGACCUCCAGGGGACUAUGUCUACUUGUUUGGCCACUUCCGCAUGGAGGAGUGUGCCCCACCAGGCUGUCUGAUAGAGCUGUGUAUCCAGCUUAGUAUGAUCAUGUUGGGAAAACAACUCAUCCAGAACAACGUGUUCGAGAUUGUUAUACCUAAGCUAAAAAAAAUGUACAGAACAUACAAAGAGAAGGAUAAAGGAGGAGAGGAAGAUGAGGAGGAGGAGGAGACGAAGAGGCCUAAGCAACAGUGGGAUAAAGACUUCUCUCUGGAUCCCUAUGAGGGGCUUAGCCCGGAAUACAUGGAGAUGAUAAUCCAGUAUGGGUUUGUCACCAUCUUCGUGGCAUCGUUCCCUCUGGCUCCUCUCUUUGCUCUGCUCAACAAUGUGAUUGAGAUCCGCCUCGACGCUGCCAAGUUCACCACAGAGAUCCGUCGCCCAGAUGCUGUGCGCUGCAAAGACAUAGGAAUUUGGUUCAACAUUCUCAUUGGAAUCAGCAAGUUUUCUGUCAUUACAAAUGCCUUUGUGAUCUCGUUCACCUCUGACUUCAUUCCUCGGACGGUGUACCAGUACAUGUACAGUCAGACUGGCAGCAUGCACGGAUUCACAGAACACUCCCUGUCCUACUUUAACGUGUCCAACUUUGAGGCUGAUUCCUCCCCCUCCUCUACACUAUUUACUGGAGUCACCAUAUGCAGAUAUAAAGACUACAGGGAUCCACCUUGGGGAGCUCAGCCCUACUCCUUCUCUAAACAGUACUGGUCUGUCCUGGCAGCUCGAUUGGCCUUUGUCAUCUUCUUUCAGAACCUGGCGAUGUUCCUGAGCAUGCUGGUGGCCUGGUUGAUCCCAGACGUUCCUCGUUCUCUUAAAGAACAGGUCAGGAAAGAGAACAUGUUGCUGAUGGAGUUCCUUGUUCAGGAUGAACAGGAGGCCCUACGCUCCAGACUUCCACACCGCUCCCCCACACGACAACCUGCACAAACACAUAACACACACUCACACAUUGACAUAGUGGUGGAGGGGUCAGUGGGAGAAGAGGGGGCGGAGGAGGAGAAGAUGGACAGAUCAGGACAAACCCAGACCCAGAGCCCAGAUAGCACUGACCCAGCAGAAGGAGGAGAAGGAGGGGGAAAAGAUGGGAGAGGAGAAGAGGGGAAAGAAGAAGGGUCAGAAGAGCAGAGUGAAGGAGUGGGAGAAGACUGGAGAGAAGGAGCAGAAGGAGACAGAGGAGGAGAAGGGCCAGACCAGGAGGAAGUCUCCGUUGUGGAUCUGGACUCUGUUAUGGACCAGCUGAAUCUGUCAGACCCAGAACCGUCCCAGAGCCUAGCUGACAUGGAUCUGCCUGUCUCUGGAGCUGCCCCACUGGAGCAGGAGGACGAGCCACCAGGCCCAGACAGCCCGCCAGCUGCCCCAGUAGGGGACACAGCCUCCCCCGAGACACCCCUGGCCAAGACCCACCCAGCAAGCCUGAAGGCUGCAGACAGCAUGCUGUUCUCCAGAGGCCCUCCCCUCAUAGAUUCAGCAUACUCCAGGACCAAGGGCCGCUGCUCCACCCUGCCUCCCAAACAGAGAGGGCCUGAGCCAGGGCACAGCCGGCCCCGACCCAGCCACUCAACCAGCCUCACGAAGUUCCACCUUCCACCUCUACAUCCUCUGGCCCCCUCACCUUCCCCUACAAACACCCCUCAGUCACCCCCUCCCAAGCCCCUCCCCCACCCUCCCAAGCCCCUGUCUCACAAUGAACUGUUCAUGCUGAAGGGGCCUCCCAGAAGAGAACCAGGAGGCUCCAGUGCUAAGGGGCGCUGCUCCACUCUGCCUGCCCGCCAGCGAGGUCCGGAGGCUGGGGAGAGCUCGUCCAGACCGAGCCAUUCUUCCAGCUUCACCCGGCAGGAAGACCGUAUCCCCCCAUCCCCCAGUGAACUAAAACAAGACACCCCGGUGUGAGGAGAGGGGAAAUAGAGGGGGAGGAUUAGAGAGGGAGUCUCAUCAUCAGAGAAAUUGAUCCAUCCAUCUCUUCGUCUUCAUCCACCUUCAUCCACCAUCCAUCCAUCUCAUAUGACAGCUCAGAUGCAACACUGACUUGGUUGUAGAAACCAAAUUGACCUGUUCUUCUUCUAACGCAUCAGUUAAUGGCUCAGGUCGAUUCACUGGGUUUAUAAAGGAGAAUGAAGCAGAAUAAACCAGGAUAAAAGAGAGUAGAGGAGAAUAAAGGAUAAUAAAAUGUAUUAAAGGAUAAUAAAGGAAAAUAAAUCAAGAUAAAGAAAAAUAAAGGAGAAUAAAAUAGAAUGAAGGAGAAUAAACAAGAAUAAUGGGGAAUAAAGGAAAAUAUAAUUAGAAUAAAUUAGAAUAAAGUAUAAUAAACCAGGACAAAUGAGAAUGAAGGAGAUUAUAAACUGGGUGGUUCGAGCCCUGAAUGCUGAUUGGCUGACAGCCGUGGUAUAUCAGACCGUAUACUACGGGUAUGACAAAACAUACAUUUUUACAGCUCUAAUUACGUUGGUAACCAGUUUAUAAUAGCAACAAGGCACCUCAGGGGUUUGUGGUAUGUGGCCAAUAUACCACGGCUAAGGGCUGUAUUCAGGCACUCCUAGUUGCGUCGUGCAAAAGAACAGCCCUUAGCUGUGGUAUAUUGGCCAUAUACCACACCUCAGUGUGUAUUAUUGCUUAAAUAUACCGGGACAAAGGAGAAUAAACCACAACAAAAAAUAAUAAAGGAGAACAAACCAGGAUAAAGGAGACCAAACCAGGAUAAAGGAGAAUAAAGGAGAACAAACCAGGAUAAAGGAGAAUAAAGGAGAACAAACCAGGAUAAAGGAGAAUGAAGGAGACCAAACCAGGAUAAAGGAGAAUAAACCAGGAUAAAGGAGAAUAAAGGAGACCAAACCAGGAUAAAGGAGAAUAAAGGAGAACAAACCAGGAUAAAGGAGAAUAAAGGAGAACAAACCAGGAUAAAGGAGAAUGAAGGAGACCAAACCAGGAUAAAGGAGAAUAAACCAGGAUAAAGGAGAAUAAAGGAGACCAAACCAGGAUAAAGGAGAAUAAAGGAGAACAAACCAGGAUGAAGGAGAAUAAAGGAGACCAAACCAGGAUAAAGGAGAAUAAACCAGGAUAAAGGAGAAUAAACCAGAACAAACCAGGAUAAAGGAGAAUAAACCAGGAUAAAGGAGAAUAAAGGAGACCAAACCAGGAUAAAGGAGAAUAAAGGAGAACGAACCAGGAUAAAGGAGAAUAAAGGAGACCAAACCAGGAUAAAGGAGAAUAAAGGAGAACGAACCAGGAUAAAGGAGAAUGAAGGAGAACAAACCAGGAUAAAGGAGAAUAAAGGAGACCAAACCAGGAUAAAGGAGAAUAAAGGAGAACGAACCAGGAUAAAGGAGAAUGAAGGAGAACGAACCAGGAUAAAGGAGAAUAAACCAGAACAAACCAGGAUAAAGGAGAAUAAAGGAGAACGAACCAGGAUAAAGGAGAAUAAAGGAGAACGAACCAGGAUAAAGGAGAAUAAAGGAGAACAAACCAGGAUAAAGGAGCAUAAAGGAGAACAAACCAGGAUAAAGGAGAAUAAAGGAGAACAAACCAGGAUAAAGGAGAAUAAAGGAGAACAAACCAGGAUAAGGGAGGAUAAACCAGAACAAACCAGGAUAAAGGAGAAUAAAGUACAUUAAAGGAGAUUAAACCAGGAUAAAUGAGAAUAAAGUACAUUAAAGUAUAAUAAAGGAGAUUAAAGGAUAAUAAAAGAGAAAAACCCAGGACAAUGGAAAAAUGAGAAUAAAGGAUGCACAAAUCCAGGAUAACUGAGAAUAAACCAGAACAAAUGAGACUAAACAAGGAUAAAUGUGUAAGAGGUGCGUAACGGGCUGCAGGGAAGUCAGGCGCAGGAGAGCAGAACUGGGUAAUAACCGGAGCAGUUUAAUGAGGAAAAACCGACUAAAUAACCUGUCGCAAACCAGUCUAAUGCACACACAUUUUACAACAAACAAUUCCACACACGUACAUAGGGGAACAGAGGCUACUAUACAUGUCACGUAAUGAGGGAAUGUAAACCAGGUGUGUGGGAAAACAAAACAAGACAAAACAAAUGGAAAAUUAAAGGUGGAUCGGCGAUGGUUAGAAGACCAGUGACGUCGACCGCCGAACGCCACCCGAACAAGGAGAGGAACCGACUUCGGCGGAAGUCGUGACAAAAUGAGAAUAAAGGAGAAUAAACCAGGAUAAAGGAAAAUAAAUUAGGCUAAAUGAGAAUAAAGGAGAAUAAAGGACAACAGGUUUUGGUGAUUCUGAGACAACAGUUCGUUAUCAAUAAAAUGUCACAAUAUAAUUUGAUUUUUGCUGCUGGGGGGCAAGGAGAUCCACAGCUCUGCUAAAACCAUUGACAACUAUAUGCUGUUUUCAAGGGAUUGUUAAAUAAAUGUUCACUAUUAUUCCCCAUUUAGCUCCAUCAGAGUUUUACAGCAAUCGGUAAACAUCAAUUGAUCAUGUUUUUUCAGCUAUGUGAAGGUAGCCAGAUUCAUUUGGUAUGUAGCUAGCUAGCUAAAGCAGACAACGUGUCAUUUAGCCUGCUUCAUCAGAGAUCAGGGUUUUGGAAAGAGUUUUACAUUGUCAGUCGGACUACUGUCAUCACCACUAUAGAUGUCAAGCAAAUGAAACAAUAUUUGGAUUUAGCCAACUAGUUUAUCCCCUGAAAGUUGGCUUGUUAGCUAGCCAUAUUGCUGUGAUCUGUUGUUAGCUAGCCAUAUUGCUGUGAUCUGUUGUUAGCUAGCCAUAUUGCUGUGAUCUGUUGUUAGCUAGCCAUAUUGCUGUGAUCUGUUGUUAGCUAGCUAGCCAAUUUGACAUGGUCCAUAAAUAUCAUGUCUGUCAGCAGCAAUUGGGAUUAAACACUCUUAAAAACAAUGUUGAAAAGGGGAUAAUGUUAGCUAAGUCUGCUAAGUAGGCCUACGUUGGUUGGAGAAAAAAGUACACUAGGUCUACUUACCACUAUGUUUAGACAAAUGUACAAAGUUUCUACCGGUAGCUAGAAAAGUAAACAGUAUCAGCUAACAGUAACGUUACAUUGGCAUGUGGGCCCUUCUGCUGCUUGACAGCCAGACCCCACAAAGGAUGGGAAAUGAACCUUAACCACUCAUACUUGUCAGGUAUAGUUACAUUAUAUCACGCAAAUAUUCAAUUAAUGGUGGUCAAUAUUGAGAGAUAUCGUGAGGCUACCCUGACGUAGCUAAACUUACAUGAUCAAUUGAUGUUUAAUGAUCAUUAAAAACAUGCAGAUACUUGCUGUAUAACUCUGAUAGAGCUAAGUGUGCUAAAUUGUUUUGCAUGGAAUAGUCUGAAAUGUGUAGAUCUGACUAUGCUCUUCAAGAGGUGAUGAUAUUACAACCAAAUAGUUAACAUUCCAAUAACAAUCCCUUGCAAACGGCACACAGUUGUCAAUGGUUUUAGUGGACCUUGCUCCCUCAGCAGGCAAAUCGAACGCUCUGCACCUUAUUGGGACAUUUUGUUGAUAACGACCUUUAAGGCCUCAGACCGAGAAUGUCCCAGUGUUCUAACUCUCUCAGCCACUAAGAAGACACUGCUGUCGCUCACACUGUAUUGUUAUUGCCAGACGGAACUGGACCAAACCGGGCUGAACUGGACCAGACCAAACAAGACCACACCAGACAGAGCCAGCUCCCCUCCCCCAGAAGAGACAGGGCCAAUCUGAAAUGGCACCCUGUUCCCUAUCAGGCUCUGGCCAAAAUAACUACACUAUAUAGGGGAAUAGGGUGCCAUCUACUCCCAGUAGACCCUCUAUUUAGUAUUUAGAUCAACAGUAAUAACAGAGCUAUGCUUGUAGAUUUAUUAUAUUACAACUGUGACAUUUUGAUAAUAUGAAAAUCAUUUACUUUUGUUCAUAAGA